AUGUCCACUCGCAAGAGAAAGCAAGAUGCCGAGGAGAAGCUCCAGGCUCUCCCUAGCGACGAGAGUGAAGAAGAAGAAGAAUAUGAAGACUCCGAGCCUGAAGCUUCAGAUGUGAGCGACGAGGGCGAGGAAGAGGAGGGAGAUGAGGAUGACGAGGACGAGGAAGAUGAGGAAGAGGUCGAAGAAGCCCCUCCCAAGGCCAAGAAGCGAAAGACCGCCCCUGCUGCCGAUGAUGAGGAGGUUGAAGAGGAGGUCGAGGAGGAGGCCGAAGAGAAGGAGAACGGCGCGAAUGGCGACGAUGCCGAUGAGGAUGGAGAAGAGGAAGUCGAGGAUACGGCUGAGACUAGUGGCCCUGCAGCGGCAGCAGCCAAGGCUAAGGGAGGCGACGUUCCUAAGGAAUCGGACCUCCCUGAGGUUGAUGCUGCGGAGGAGGAGUAA